GGCCAUUUCGGGUUUAACGAAGCCAUCUCUCGCGUAUGGUGGGUAUUUUCCGCCGAUAUCAACCAAUCAAACUCUAGAAGAAAAAUGCACGGAGUAUUGUUUGGUGGUGCACAAAGCAGUCUUCGAUGACGGGAUAAAGCUGGUAGUGGAACUUAAUAAGAAGGCCAUUACUUUAAAAUUAAAGGAUCUGAAAAUUGAGGAAACAAGUAUACAGGUAAAACAGAAAGAUGACCAGAUAAAAUCUAUGGCCGAGAAUAUAAAUAAUUUACAGAGCCUUUUGGAAAAGGCUAAAGCACAGUUGAAAUUAUAUGAAGAACUUUUGAAAAUAAAAGAUAAAGAAAUGGACGAUCUCAUUAAGUCAAAAGGUCAGGCAAAGCAGCUGAAGAUGAAGGAUGAUGAAAUUAUUGCCUUAAAUAAACGAAUCGAGGACCUGAGUGCAAAGAUUUCGUCCAAAGACAUGGAAAUAGAUGGCUUACAAAAUCAGACUAAGUCCGAUUUAACAAAAAUAAGUAAACUAACAGACGACUUUUUCACAUGUAAUGGAAGAGAAAAGUGUCCCACCGGCCAUCCAAAUGGCAUAUUCAAAAUAAACAAGCCCGGAAUGGAUGUUUUCAAUGCCUUCUGCAAUUCGACCGGCUGGAUGGUUGUUUUAAGGCGUCAGGCCCCAGGAACAGAGGACUUCAAUCGAAAAUGGGUGGACUACAAGAAUGGAUUUGGCGACCUAAAGGGAGAAUUUUUUAUCGGACUUGAGAAACUUCACCAACUGACUUGGAAUACACCACACGAGCUCUCCUUUAGGCUUGGGGAUGUUAAUGGAACCACUGUAUAUGCUCACUACGAUGCAUUUCAAAUCGGGAGUGAGCAGGUCAACUAUGUCCUUACAUCGGUGGGAAAGUAUUCGGGAACUGCCGGAGACUCCUUUACACAACAUAAGGGAAUGGCGUUCACCACAGUUGACCGGGACAAUGACUUAGCGCAAAACAAUUAUAAUUGUGCGAAUUACUUUGUCGGCGGUUGGUGGUACCAUAAUUGUUUUUGGAGUAAGCUCACAGGAAAGUACUACAAAGAUGGAAUAUCACCGAGUGAUGGAAUUGGAAUUCACUGGGCUGCUUUUCGGGGCUACAAAAACUCGCUAAUUUUUGCUGAAAUGAUGAUAAAGCCCAAGUCCAAGUAAACCAGUGCUGUAAAUAAAUGUGAAACCCUUAAAAUAUUUA